AUGGCGAGCUCCAAACUGUUAUCCAGCAGUAACAACAACGCACGGACUCACUGCAGCACUGAACGGUUGGCACCACUGGCCCCUGCGAUCUUCAAGAAGACCAGAAAUCAGCAGCGUCAGACACUUCCUAAGCCACUUCAAGCUGCCAUCAACGAAGUAUUGGCUGUACGAAAUGAGGACAAAUCAGUGAGCGACAGAGGCGAAAGCCGUGACGACUGCAGUCUUUAUUACGAUGAGUCAGAUAGGCCUGCAAUAUCUAAAGUCAAACGAACAAGCCCAUGCAAAACUCAAAUACAAAGUCGUCGACCGGAAUGGAGUAGAUACAUCCGUCGUAUCAUGAUGACAAAGGGUAUCCAAGGCUCAACGCUGGCACGAUAUCGUCGUCUAGUGGGGAUCGUAGCUCGGAAAAACCUGAAUCAAAGUUUCGCAGACGCAGCGGAGCGUGUUGUUCAGUAUCGUUUGGAGUUUAGAAGUGCCGUCAUCAUCCAGAUGAUGAUUCUAAAUUUUCUAACUCGACGCCGACUAGCAAAGCAAUUGCUAAGACAUCAAGCUGUUGCUAAAAUUCAACGCGUUUGGAGGAAGAUAGUUGAACUCGAGAAGCAAAGAAAACUGGCAGAAGCUCAGCGAAAAGUACCGACGCAUUUGCCAUCUGCGUGA